AGGGUCGGGUCAGGCUGGAUCGAGACCGAAAGUGGAUUAUUGUUCUUUCCCUGACAUUUGAUCUCUGUAAGCUAACAUUUCCCGUCAUUUCACUCACAAUAACCAUGCCGGAAACCGACGAACAACCACCACCACCAUCAGCGCCGUCAUCCACCACCACCACAACCGCUUCUCCAAUUUACAUACAUCCACGACGCGAGCCAUUCGAACACGGCCUUCUCCCAAUCCCUAAACUCAUCUUCACAGACGGAUCUCAAACACUUAUAUCAAUUCGUAACAAACUCUUAUCCUCAUCCUCUAGCUCUUCGUAUCGAGUUAAUUAUGAAGCAAUUUCUGAAGCACUUCAGAUCUCACAUGAAAAUGCUCGACUUGUUAUUGAAACAAUUGCUUCCGUUCUACACUCUGAAUCGGAUCCAAUUGUUACAGCUAAGUUAACCGAGAUCGGUGAUAUCGGUGUUAAUGUGUUUGAUUUGAUGCUUUUUUUGUAUAUUCAGAGUUAUAAAAGGUUGCUUCCUAAAGGACAUAAGGAUUCUGCUGCUGUUGCUGAUGUUUGGCCUUCUACUUCAGCUUUUGACGGGUUUUUAUCUGCUCUUUCGCCGUUGCAGCUUGUACGCAGCAAUAGUCGUCGGUUUAUGCCAUCACAGGCUGAUGAAGAGGCUCAUCAAUUAUCAUAUUUACAGAAACACUUGGGAAACAUUUUGUCUCUUUUGGCAGAGUCAGUGGAAGGGGAUAAUGAAGAAUCACUGGUUUUGUCCAUGGAGAAAUUGGAGCAUCUUGGCUUCCUAAUCUUUUUUGGUGAAAAGGGAUCUGAGAGAAUCCCAUUGAGUCAGAAUGCCCCAUUUUUUGCCAAUUCAGAUCCAGAGAUGCCUGCUGUUCCUGUUCCUGCAGCUCAAGUACAUGACUGGCUCCUAGAAAAUAUAGCCUCCGCUUUGACACGAAUUACUGAGAGGGCUUCCGCAAAGGAAAAUGGACCAACCAAUGCCUCUGAUCAGGAUGUGCCAAUGGCUGAUGUCUCUGCAAGUUCAGUGAAGAGUUCGCCCAGUCCUAGAGGACCAAGUUACAUUGAAGGAAUUUCUAAAUCGUCAUAUGUAAGGCUGCCAAAUGAUAUUAAGGGCUCCUCUGUAAAGGUUAUUAAUUGCCAUGAAUCAGUCAUUUAUAUUUUAGCUCCUUUGAAAUAUGCGACAGUAUAUGGAUGUUCUGAUGCAACUAUUGUCCUGGGAGCUGUAGGCAAGGCUGUCAGAGUUGAGCACUGUGAACGUGUACACGUGAUUGCAGCAGCAAAACGUAUUUGUAUUGCCAAUUGUCGUGAAUGCAUAUUCUUCUUGGGAGUAAACCAAACACCACUUCUUGUUGGCGAUAACCAUAAAUUGCAGGUGGCUCCCUACAAUACUUUUUACCCUCAACUGGAGGAACACCUGAAUCAAGUUGGUAUUGACCCAACCAUCAACAGAUGGGAUGCACCUGUAGCUCUUGGUGUCGUUGACCCACAUGAUUCACUGUCACAUCCUGCUGGUGUGUCUGAUGUUCAAACUGAGUCUGCUAUCCCUGUGGACCCUGAUCAGUUCACCAACUUUUUGAUUCCAAACUGGUUUGAAGGGCAGCAAUCUGGGCCCACGAAAGAUAAUCCUUUCCCUUUACCGGAUGCUUAUUUGGCAUCGCAGCAGAGAAAUCACAAGAACUUGGAGGAGACUAAGCAUAUUUUGAAGGAAACCGAGCUUGACGAGAGCAGGAAGCGGGAAGUCGCAACUGCUCUCCAUGUGUGCUUUAAAGACUGGUUAUAUGCUUCGGGAAAUAUACGGCAACUAUACUGUCUUCAAGGCGAAUAGUGUUCUGCACGAUGUUUCAGCAAGUGUAGUGAGGAUGCUUUCAGACAAGUUACCCUCUUGAACUCUUGUGCAGUUUAUAACCAGAAUGCCUCAUGGCUUGAACCGUGUUACUUUUUCUCGAAACUGUUCCGUCUUGUACUAAUAUGGAAGUCAAAAAGUUUUAGAUUUCAGCUUCCCCUUUUUCUUCAUUGGUCUUGCUAGGUUCUGAACUUUUAGCUGAGGAUUAGUCUCUUGUUAUUUAUUUGGUUUAUUUGGGUUCCUGUAUACAAAUAAGAGAUGCAGAAGAACAUGCGGGGGAAACUAGAGAACCAAGUUUUCUUGUUUAACAGGAAAUUAGAGAACAAGUUUUCUUGUUUAACAUAUAGUUUAGAAGUCAGUAUUCUGUAGAAUUGGUGAUUGGUUUUGCCUUGCAGCUAUUUACUCUUUGACAUG